GGAAGCACCAAACCGCGGCUCGAGUGACCGAGGAAAAAAAAACCGCACGAGGCAACGAUGUCUACAUCUGUCGGGUUGGCUCUUCGUCCUCCCCUGACGGACCUCCUGUCCGGGGAUGCUGCGAGUUGUGGUCCCAGCUCAGCGAACGACCUGCCCCAGAACGGUCCUUUUGCCAGAUAUGAGUUCGGCCAACAAUGGGAGUACGUGGCCGGGUACAUGGACAGCAACAAGUCGGUUGAUUCCAGUGGCUUCGACUCGUCGCUGCUUUGCUUGGCCAUCCCCCCCCCCCCCCCCAAGUAUCACGGGCUCAACGUCAACCCCCACAAGUUUCACCACGUACGGCCAAGACACCGAGAGGCAAACAGUCCUUCGAAGCCGAGCUGCUUCUCCGUCGUCCCCGGAUAUCUCAUUUCCCAUCCCCAUACUCCCACCUCUCCAAGAGAGACACGGCACCACUCAGCCUCAUCAAGACCAAACCCACACUCCCGCCUGGGCACCCGCAACCCACCAAAACUCCUCAAAGAUGGUCCACCUCCGCACAAUGAUCCGCAUCCUAGAGUCUCGAUUCCUCGAGGCUGCCCGCAACCCACCGGCCGGUUGGCCCAAUGGCAAGGCGUCUGACUACGAUCCCGCAUCACCUCCAUCUCUCCCCUCGGACAUUCGGGUGGGAGGCGGUGCAUCACAAGUUAUCAGGAGAUUCUGGGUUCGACCCCCAGGCUGGUCAUCUCUUUUGUCCUGUUUUUUUUUGGCAUAUUCUUCACUCCCGUUUCCCACCAAGCCACCAGAAGUGGAAUUGACUUGGCUUGCCUGGCUCCUGUUUGCCUCGACGUCCGUCCAAACCAUCCAUCUAUCCAUCACCCACCGGCCGAGACUUUGUCGUCACCCUCCAUCAUCCGAAUUUGCUCACCGGGGAGCCGUAACCAUGGUCUCCCUCGGUCACGACGCGACGCGCUGCAGAGUUUUCACCAGUUAACCGGGUCUCUCUCCCUCCCCCAUUCUCAAACGGUGACGCAAUCUCAACGCGUGAUGGUCGUCGACGGGAAGAUGGGGCAAAAUCCCUCGUCGUGAAGUACCGCCGGAGGCCAGCGGAUAAUGGAGAACGUCAGACGGGCAGGCAUACAGACACCGAGGGCUUUCCCGCGUAAGAUGCUAAUGGGGACUUGGAACGUAAGUCAGGCGCCGCGAGAGGCAGUUCUGACAUCAGGAGACGGGCGGGAAAGCCUUGGAGUCACCAAACACGUCGUGUAAUGCUUUCGCAAGAUU